UGUAAACUUUAUCUAUGCCUGAUUUUCGACAUUUGCGGAUUGCAAAAAGGGGGCCAAAAUCAAUUUGGCAGUUAUCACAGCAAAUGGACGACCUUGUUUGCCUUGGGUCAAUAUGAUUACGCCUGAUGACCGCAAUGGAAAUGUGCAAGUGCAAAUGGAGUUGUGACCUCUAUAAAUACUGGCGAUCCGCAAACUUCGGGAUACAGUGCAUCAUGAGGCGGUUGACGGACAGCAGGCGGCGUCACAGUGGCUCCUCGAUGUGGCGGAGGGAUUCCCAGGAUUCGGAGGACGAUGAGCAAACCAUCUGCAGCUGUGCGGCGAUCAAGAGGAGUGUGGUUUACUACCUCAAGAACAGCACGCUGCAUGGGUUAAAGUACAUAGCCGAGGAGAGCAUCACCAUUCCGGAAAGGGUCUUCUUCGGCAUUGCCUUUGUCCUGGUGGUGAUCCUCUCCGGGUUCUUCAUCUCCAACGUCUACGUCAAGUGGAGCGCCUCGCCGAUCAUCAUUUCGACCAGCGCCAAGCAAAAGCUGACCAGCAACAUGCCCUUUCCGGCCAUCACCAUCUGCAAUCUCAACCAGGCGCUGCUCAGCCAGGUGGAUCGCAUUUCCCGCACCAGCACGAACUUCUCCCUGCUGAUGGGCCUGUGCGACCAGGGCGGGGACACCACUAUCUCGUACAUCGGCACCUGGAAGUACUUCAAGGCGAUCCUCGUCGAGGUGGCCCAGCCGUGCGAGAAGAUGCUGCUCUACUGCAGCUUUGGUUCGCGCGAGGAGGAGUGCUCGCUGCUCUUCAACUCCAUCCUCACGGACGACGGGCUGUGCUGCAACUUCAAUGCCCUUGACCCAUCGUAUCUCAUUCGGAACUAUAGCGACGACGUGAGGUGGGAGCCGGCACAGCCGAAUUCCCGCUACGAGCCCAUCGACUGGACGCCGGAGAAGGGCUAUGCCCGCAAGCUGCCCGAGUUCUACUACCCGCGCACCUCGGGCGGCACUGGCAUCCGGAUGGGCCUGACCGUCGUGCUGAACGCCUCCAUUGCGGAGUACUACUGCACCAAGUCCAUGAGUGUGGGCUUCAAGGUCCUCGUCCACAAUCCGGCCGAGCUGCCGAAGGUGAGCAACUACGGAUUCGUGGUGACAGCCGGACGAGAGGCUCGGAUUCCCAUCGAGCCGGUCUACGAGGAUGCCCUGCCCACGAUACGGACCAUCAAGAAGUCGGUGCGUCGCUGUCUGUUCUCGGACGAGAACGAUUUGGCCUACUACCGGACGUACUCGCGCAAGAACUGUGAGCUGGAGUGCGAGGCCAAGCUGCUGCUCCGCGAGUGCAGCUGUGUGCUGUACUACCUGCCGCGGAUCGAUCCGCUGGCCAGGGUGUGCGGACCCAACGACAACCAGUGCACCGAUCGGGUGCAGACGGAGAUCGAGUCCUCGAUGACGAACCUGUCCUGCGAAAGCUGCUGGCCGGGCUGCUUCGAGCUCACCUACAAGGCAACCCUCUCGACGGCCUCGAUCGUCUCGGAUCCGCGCUUUCAGGCCGGCGAGAACUUGCCCGACUAUAUCUUCCACGGACCAUAUAGCAACGCCAGCGAGAUCUCCAUCCUGCACUUCUACUACAUGACCAACAUAUUCCGCAGCACCACCAAGUCCGAAAUGUUUGGCUUUACCGAGUUUUUGUCGAACACUGGCGGCCUUCUGGGUCUCUUCAUGGGCUUUAGCAUUUUCUCGGUGAUCGAGAUAUUCUUCUACAUCACCGUGCGUCCGUACUGCGCCUCCCGGACGCUCCGGCAGCGUCACAAGCGUCGUCUGGAGCAGCUGCGCUGGCUGACUCCGGUCCGGAUGCCCGGCCGUCGGAUUCUACGCCGAACUCGAGGCGUUUUCGCCCGGAAUCCCAAUCCCAAUUCAAAUCCAAAUCCCCCGCCGCCCGCCUACAGUGAUCUGCAGAAGAGCCGCGGGAAGCUGGGAAAAGGGGUGGCAAACAAGAGGAGUCUCUGGCAGACGUUGCAAGUGAGGCCAGUGGAUCGCCCGGAUGUGGAACCACCCGUAUAUCCGUACCUGAAUUGAGUUUAUAUCGGAAUACACAGAGAAAAAUAGCUAAAGUACUAAAACAUUUCCCUAGUUUGAUAUAGAAUUCCUUUUUUCCUUGCCUUUAUUGAAAGUUAAAGAAAAAAUCAAGGAUUUCACAGCCAUUAUAAUAUUUAAAAAU